AUGAGGGGGGAAAUACAAGUUGACUUACGCAUAGGAAAGGAAGACUCAACUUGGGGAAGUGGUUCUGAUCUUGCUUCAGCCCUAAAUUCUGCAACAGGGAAGAGGAUUAGACCUACUGCAGUAAUUCUUUGGGUGAAUUUGGUAGAGAGAAGGCAGAGAAAAAAAAGUGCAGUGGCGAAGAAGCUGGAUAUGAUUAAAGAUAUUGAUGGUAAGAGGAAAACUCUAAAGCUGGCAGUUAAAGUUGUUGAUCAUUGGUAUGUUCAGUCUCGUGAUUCUACUCUUCAGUUGGAGAUGAUUCUGAUGGAUGAAAAUGCGGACAAAAUACAUUGCAUUGUUCGCAGGGAGGAGUUUGACUUAUGGGAUAGCAAGUUGAUUGAGGGAGAAACAUAUAUCAUGCACAAUUUCAAGAUACUGAAAAAUGAAGGACAAUACAGAGUAUGUGAGCAUCCUUACAAGUUAUUGUUUAUUGGUGCUACAUCCGUGAAGUCGCAAGCUAUUGCUAAACUUCCAACGAAGGCUUACACCUUUAAAAGUAUUAAAGAGAUUGUUAGUGGCAAUUUUAUUCCUGACUUGCUUAUAGAUUUGAUUGGUGUGGUUGAGAAUGUGAGAAUCAAGCCUCAGUUCAAAAAUGUAGACUCAAAGAAUGUGGUGUUUACUUUGGUGGAUCUGAGUGGUGCUGCAAUUUGUUGUACAUUGUGGGAUGAUUAUUGCAAGAAGUUUGUACAGAUGUUUAAUGAGCUACCUAAUUCGGAGAAGCUUGUGGUUAUCAUUACUCAAGCUAAAAUCAAACCAGCUGCAGGUGAAUGGCCAGUUUUUGUUUCUAAUACGUGGAAUGAUACAAAGUUGAUCAUGGAAAAUGAUUUUCCUCAAAUAGUUCAUUUUAAGAAACGAAUGAAAGAAAUUGAUCCUGAUGAAGUGAUAUUGAGUCAGUGUGCAAGUCAAUUGACUCAGUCUUCCCAAUAUACUGAUGCUGAACGUUUUGUAUAUAAAUGUUUAGUGAAAAGUUUGUCUGAAAUCCCAUCAAUGAAGAAGAUAAUGAGGGCUGAUAUUAUAUGGUUUGCAACAAUUGCAACAAAAGGACUUAUGAAGCAGUUUCUUUCAAGUGCACUUAUUGUGAUAAGGAUAAUGCACUGCCUGUUUUCAAGUUGGUAUAGGCUCCAAGUCCAGGUCUGUGAUGAUUCAAACAAUUAUGCUAACUUUGUUGUAUGGGACCAAGAAUGUAGCAACAUCAUUGGGUUGUCUGCUGUUGAUUUCCAGAAAAUAAUGAUUGAGGUUGGUGAAGAUGAACCCCUUUGCUUUCCUGAUGCAUUGGAUGUAAUGCUAGGUUGUACCUUUGCAUUUAAAGUUCGAACCCAACCAAGAAAUAAGUGUGCAUCUGUCAUUAAAGUUUCAAAUGUUUCAGAAAUAGUGGCACAUGUUAAAAGUCUUAUCCCUCCACUUCAAAUUGGUGAUAGUAGUGAUAAAUGCAGUAUGAAUUUGGUAUCUGAGAGUUCCAGUGUUAUGAUUUCAGAAUUACGUGGAAAAGCUAUUUGUAAUUUGGCUGCAGACACUGAUACUGAUAUAAUGAGUUUGAGUGCUACUGGUGAUAAUGAUUCGGAUUAUGUUGUAAUUGGAACUCCAGGAAAGAGGUUAUUGCCAUGUAGUGAAAAUUGCAACGAAUCUUCUCAGGACAUGGAUUCUGCUCAACUAUCCAGCACUAAGAUGAAGAAGCUUAUCAAGAAGGAGAAAACUUAA